AUGCCAGAAGGUACGCUCCGUCGAGGUCCGAUGUCGAAGGGCGGGCUCUCCUACAUGUAUGAACAUAUGUUGACCUGCAAGGUCGAUGUACUUUGGCGACUCGGUAUUUACACAGCUUACGCAUACAACAAGUUUGGGUUCAAGGGUGUUGAAACAUCCCAAUGUGGCAAAACGACUGCUAACCACAAAUGUGGACACCCAUCCCGGUACGGCUGCGUCACCUAUUAA